UUCUGACUUGAAAUAAGCAGGUGCUCCCCGGGAGCCCGCUCUGACAUGAACCGUUCCGACGUGAGCGACUAAUGUUGUACUUGGAGGUGUGACAAUUUCAUCCGCUCAGCUCAGCUAUACCGCGGGUUACCGUGGCCGGCGGCUGCCGAGUAGCAGCGAGGAUUCCCAGCGGACACAGACGGACGACUAAGGAGGGGUGGGGGUUGUCUUCGAGGCUCGGAUAACCGGGAGAAAGCAGCCAGUUGCUUUCAAUGGAUCGCCGGCUUCCACCUUGAUAUCAGCAGCUCAGCCACUCGCCCAGCUCCAGACCUAAUGAUCUAUUUUAAGAUGUCCGGAGGUGGACCCUUAUUUCCCAAAGAAAUAUCCGCCGAUGGAUUGCAAGCACCCAUCUUUCAGUUGAACAGAGUGAACAGGCGAAGAAGUAGAUUGAAGCGUUCGGAUGGGAGCACGUCGUCCGAUACAACUUCGACCAGUUUCAUUCUCCGACAGGGUUCAGCAGAUUCUUACACGAGCAGGCCAUCGGAUUCUGAUGUUUCCCUAGAGGAGGAUCGAGAUGGGGUUCGGCGCGAGUCCGAGCAGCAAGCAGCCGUACAACUUGAAAGAGCCAAAACUAAACCUGUUGCAUUUGCGGUGAGAACAAAUGUCACUUACUGUGGCGCACUGGACGAAGAUGUACCAGUCCCAGGAACUGCCAUCUCUUUUGAUGCCAAAGACUUUCUACAUAUUAAAGAAAAGUACAACAAUGACUGGUGGAUAGGGCGACUGGUGAAAGAGGGCUGUGAAAUUGGAUUCAUUCCAAGCCCCCUCAAACUGGAGAACAUCCGAUUGCAACGGGAGCAGAAAUCACGACAGGGACGUUUUUACAGUGGGAAGUCCAGUGGAAACUCUUCUUCCAGCCUCGGUGAUAUGGUGUCUGCAAAGCAGAAGCAAAAAGUGACUGAACACAUUCCACCAUAUGAUGUGGUGCCAUCUAUGAGGCCAGUUGUGUUGGUGGGCCCAUCAUUGAAAGGUUAUGAGGUGACAGACAUGAUGCAAAAAGCACUCUUUGAUUUCCUAAAGCAUCGGUUUGAUGGGAGGAUAUCAAUUACACGGGUGACAGCUGAUAUAUCCCUAGCCAAGCGAUCAGUUCUAAAUAAUCCAAGCAAGAGGACUAUAAUGGAGCGGUCCAAUACACGAUCCAGUAUAGCUGAAGUGCAGAGUGAAAUUGAGAGGAUCUUUGAGUUGGCCAGAACUUUGCAGUUGGUUGUUUUAGAUGCAGACACCAUUAAUCAUCCAGCCCAGCUCAUCAAGACCUCGCUCGCACCAAUCAUCGUCCAUGUUAAAGUUUCUUCUCCAAAGGUCCUGCAGAGGUUGAUAAAGUCCCGAGGAAAGUCACAGAGUAAAAACCUCAAUGUCCAGUUGGUGGCAGCAGAUAAACUGGCGCAGUGCCCUCCAGACAUGUUUGAUGUUAUCCUAGAUGAAAACCAAUUAGAGGAUGCAUGUGAGCAUUUGGCAGAGUAUCUUGAAACAUACUGGCGUGCGACGCACACCCCCAGCAGCGCACCACUGAAUCCAUUGCUGGACCGGAACUUAGGUAGUACUGCACUGUCAACAUAUCCCUCAGCUAUCUCUGGGUUACAGGGGCAGAGAAUGAGCAACAGCAAUCACUCUGGUGAACACAUACCCGUUGAACGAACACGCUUGGUGCACUCCGAUGAAAACGGUCACAGUGAGAGGGCGCGGAAGAACAGGAAUCGCUUGUCUUCAGGUUCCCAGCACAGCCGAGGCCAAUACCCACUGAUGGAGGAAGAGUAUUCUGACCCCUAUCAGGACACGUACAAAUCACGAAGGAGUCACGGAUCACCUGGAGGCCACAGCCAUGAUUCUCAACACAGGCUAUGAGAAAUGUUGUUAUUCACCUACAAAAAAAAAAACAAGAUAGAGAAAAGAUUUUUUUUUAAGAAAAAAAAACAAAACCCCUGCCUUGCGACAUUAAAGGUGAACAGGGAAGCAUUCAGGCAGUACUUAAUAUUUUAGUAUUGAAACAACAACUCAAAGUGGUUUUCAAAAAGUCUUUCCUCCCCCUUUCAGGUUAGUUUGCUCAUAAUGGAGACAGUCUGGUCAAGUGUUUUCCCAAACACUUUACUGGUUUUGUAAAUAUGAAGAAUGCAUGGUAGUGUAUUCCGUGACAUCGUGGGUUUAUUGUCACUGUGUCACUGAGCACAUCUACCUCUAUAUAUUUUUUGCCUAUAAAAUGACCACAUAUAUUACAUACCUUGACACUAAAAUCAAUACUUCCUCUGCUGCAGUGCCAACCUAGCCGUACAGUCGGUGUAGUGGAUCUUGAGUACAGGUGGGUUCCUAGCACUUAAACCUGCUCGUAAAGUUCCCAAUGCAGUGACAAAGCUCCUUUAAUACAUAACACUCUUCAUCUGAUUCCUUGUUAGCAAUAAGUGGUAUUGCAAUACAACCCUGUACUACCAUUGUUUCAACAGAUUUUGCUUCAGCGUGUGAUUCCGGAAUUUAAUGCAGCUCUCCAUUACAUGUACAGCACACUAUUUGCAUGAAAUAAGCAGUAACAAAUCACCUAUUUACAAGUAAGAUAUUAUUUAAAUUUAGGAACAAUAAAUUAAGCUAUUAUGCAUUUGCUACUUGUGUAUGGUUUUUUAAAAGUAUUAUUUAUGAAGGAUGAAUUCAGGCUGUACAUUAUCUUGCUAAUGUUAAUUCCUCUAUUUUCCAUGUUUAGAGAGUUCAGUGUUAUUAGUUAGUAGAUGCAUUAGUGCAAUAAAUUUGAUAAAAUCUCUCACCAGACGAAUUUGUACACAAUAACUGUUUAUUCAACCCACGUGUGUUAAAGAGAACACACUUUGACUGGAAGGCCUUCAUUCCAUGGUAGCAACCCUUCAAAAUGGUUUGACUUACAAAAUUCAAUUCAAUGCAAGGUAAGGCCAUUGGAAAAUACUUUGCAACAGUGAUUGAGCAACUGGCUGAAUAUAUCACAGGAUUCAAAAUUGGCAUUGUACAGGUGUAUUAACCUAUGAGAAUACUGACCGGUUAAAUUGUUUGGGGAUAUACAGAAUUUUCUUAGCUAAUCGAAGGUAAUCUGUAUCCACAUGCUGCAUUUUGGUAUUUACAAAUAAUAACAUAAUGCUGCCAUGUAAAAAAAGAACACUUUACUUCUCUCCAUUUGUUUUUUUUACAUAAUUGUAUUUGUUGGAGCCCUGAAUAUCUUUAUUAUCAUUGAAAGCACAUGGUAACGAAACAGAACUCAAGUUUCAGUGCAAUUGCUGCAAAGCUUGGUCAUUGAAGAAUUGCAGUCAGCUAGAACUUGGGUUGCUUAGUGCAGGACGAGACAGGGAAGAUGGACAAGCAGGAAGAGUAAAGGUGAGAGGGGGAAAAGAUGGAGAAAAAUUAUGUAUUUCAAUGUGCUAUUCGAAAAAAUAUCUGCUCUCAUCAAACACCCUUCACUCUUUUACUAUUCAAUCUAAAUUUAGACCCAGUUUAGUUAUCUUACUUAUAAUCUAAGAACAUCCAUUCAUGGAUAAAUUCAGUAAUCCAUUUUUCAUGCUAUCACUGUGACUUCCCAGACUGAACUACAAAUUUAGUAGUUGAAUUGAGGCUUUUUACCAUGUUUAGAUCAUAGAAUUGUCGAUUUUUGGUCUCAUUUUGCCAUAUGUAGAUUGUAAUAUCAUGCCAAGGGAUGCACUUGGCUAAUCAAUGGCUUUCAACAACAUUGUUAUUAGCAUUGGAAUUUUGAUUAUGCAUUAGUAUUAACUAGCAAAUUUCUGUCAAAAAUGGAAAAUAUUGGUUUGAGAUUGGAUCCAUAAUCUGAAUCAUUUUGAAAAAGGUGGACCAACUAUAUAGUAUUUACUAAGAAAGCUAAUGGCAUGUUGGCCUUCAUUGCGAGAGGAUAUGAGUUUAGGAGCAAGGGGGUCCUACUGCAGUUAUACAGGGCCCUGGUGAGACUGCACCUGGAGUAUUGUGUGCAAUUUUGGUCUCCUAAUUUGAGGAAGGACAUUAUUGCUAUUGAGGGAGUACAGUGUAGGUUAGAAACAUAGAAACAUAAAAAAUAGGUGCAGGAGUAGGCCAUUCGGCCCUUCGAGCCUGCACCGCCAUUCAAUAUGAUCAUGGCUGAUCAUCCAACUCAGUAUCCUGUACCUGCCUUCUCUCCAUCCCCCCUGAUCCCUUUAGCCACAAGGGCCACAUCUAACUCCCUCUUAAAUAUAGCCAAUGAACUGGCCUCAACUACCUUCUGUGGCAGACAAUUCCACAGAUUCACCACUCUCUGUGUGAAAAAUGAUUUUCUCAUCUUGGUCCUAAAAGAUUUUCCCCUUAUCCUUAAACUGUGACCCCUUGUUCUGGACUUCCCCAACAUUGGGAACAAUCUUCCUGUAUCUAGCCUGUCCAACCCCUUAAGAAUUUUGUAAGUUUCUAUAAGAUCCCCCCUCAAUUCUAGCGAGUACAAGCCGAGUCUAUCCAGUCUUUCUCCAGGUUAAUUCCCGGGAUGGCAGGACUGACAUAUGAUUAAAGAAUGGGUCAACUGGGCUUGUAUUCACUGGAAUUUAGAAGGAUGAGAGGGAAUCUUAUAGAAAUAUAUAAAAUUCUUAAGGGAUUGGACAGGCUAGAUGCAGGAAAAUGUUCCCGAAGUUAGGGGAAUCCAGAACCAAUGGUCACAGUUUAAGAAUAAAGGGUAGGCCAUUUAAGACUGAGAUGAGGAAAAACCUCAUCACCCAGAGAGUUGCAAAUCUGUGGAAUUCUCUGCCAUGGAAGGCAGUGGAGGCCAAUUCACUGGGUGUUUUCAAAAGAGUGUUUGAUUUAGCUCUUAGUGCUAAAGGAAUUAAGGGAUAUGGGGAGAAAGCAGACACGGGGUACUGAUUGUAGAUGAUCAGCCAUAAUCAUAUUGAAUGGAGGUGCUGGCUAGAAGGGCCAAAUGGUUUACUCCUGCACCUAUUUUUCUAUGUUUCUAUGUUUCUAAAAUAAAAUUAUUUCCUUUCCUAAAUUUAAUACUCAAAUGUGGACAUACAAUACUUCCUGAGGUCUCAUCAGUAUUUCAUAGAAGAUAGGUAUUCAGUCAUAACAAAUAAGUGUAAACAUAAAAUCUGUUAGGUACAGCAGGCAUAAUAUCAUAUAUACUGUCUUUCUCAAAAUGUGGUCAAUUGUGAUACUCAUCCACUAACAAAAUGUCCUUCAGUAUUGAAUAAUAUUAGAGAUUCAUGCAUUAGCUCGAUGCUGUAAAAUAAAUAUGUGUGCAAAUUCCUCAAACUCGUGCACUCAGGAGUGAAGUUGUACUCGGAUUGCAGGCGAGUAAUGGGGCUACCCUGUUGUAACCUCAAACAUUUGAACUGUGAUCUGAGGUGCCACUUUCUGCAGCUGAGAAUGAGAUUACAAAUUUUUGAAUUUAAUUUGUGACCAAAUAUGGUGAGAGUUUGAGGUCACUAUACAAAUCACAGAAUAGUUACAUAUCACAGAUAUGCUCAAAAAUAUCUGAUCCUACCUACACUGAUUUCCACCUCCCAAAAAACUUCCUAUAUGUCACAAGCUUACUUCCAAAUUCUCUUUGAUCUGCAUGAAUCUGCUUUAGUUCUCAGUCAUUCUGUCACUCAAAGACAGAUCUCCAGAUACCUUGUCCCCACUCUCCCUUUUCAAAAGAAAUUUAUGAAUUAUUUUUGAAAGUAAAGGCAGAAUUUCAGAAUCUGGAAACUUCUGCAAAGUGAUGUUUAAUAUAUCUGCAUAUGCUUCUUUCAAGUAUAGACUCAAAGUGCUGCAGUAACUCAGCGGAUCAGGUAGCAUCUCAGGAGAAAAAGGAUAGGUGUCAUUCAAUAUGGCACCUGCCCUGCCAUUCAAUAUAAUUCAAUAUUAGAAUAAAUUAUAUUCAAAAUAAAGGAAGUUCUUUUAGGAAGGAGAUGAGGGGGAAUUUCUUUAGUCACCGGGUUGAUAAUCUAAUAAAUUAUUUGCCACAGAAGGCUGUGGAGGCCAAGUCAGUGGACAUUUUUAAGGCAGAUAUAGAUAGAUUUUUGAUUAGUACAGGUGUCAGAGGUUAUGGGGAGAAGGCAGGAGAAUGCAGUUAGGAGGGAGAGAUAGAUCAGACAUGAUUGAAUUUAGACGAUGGCCGAAUUAUGCCCAUAAUAUGAUUAUACCUGUUUGCUGCAGGCCUCAUUUCCUCAUCUGUGCCAGUUCCCCGAAGCCCUCAAUUCCUCAACCUUUCAAGUGUUUAUUUAUCUCCAUUUUAAAUAUAUCUAAUAAUUUGGUCUCAACUACCUUGGGCAGGGAAUACCAGCGAUUCACUCCUCUUAGAGAAGGAUUUUCCAUGCACCUCACGUUUUAAAUGCUCCAACCUGUCAACCCCCUUUAGGAUCUCAUACGUAUGAAUAAGGUCACCAUUCAUUCAUCAAAAAUCCAAGAAAUACUGACCCACCUGUCUAUCCUCUCCUGAAAAGACAACCAUCUCAUCUCUACAAUUAGCCUGGUGAAUCUCCUAUAUUGCCGUCAAUGCUACUCUUGCUAUGGGGGUCGAAACUCUGCACAGUAUUCCAGAUGUGGCCACACCAUACCCAUUACACCUGUAACAAAACAUUUCUAAUCUUAAACUCUAAUCCCUUUGCAAUAAAUACCAAAAUGUAAUUUGCCUUCUUCAUUACUUGUUGGACCUGUCUACUAACGUUUUGUGUUUCUUGCAUGAGAACACCUAGAUUUCUCUGAGCUUCAGUCAUUUGUAGCGUCAUUCCAUUUCAACAUCUUUUGAUUCCCCCCAGCAAAGUACAUGACCUCGUAAUUCAACUCUCGUCGCAGAAU